AUGGGAGUGAAAAUCGGUGGUCGGCAACUACAUUAUCUUCGCUUUGGUGAUAACGUCGUUCUUAUAACACCAAACAUUAGCCAAGCGGAACGUAUGCCAAACGCACUGCAGGAAGACCACCGACCCGAUGGUCAGUGUUCUUCACAAAGAGCCUUGAAGAAAGAUAUGAUGCUCGACGAGUCUCUAGAGCGAGCAGAACCCACUGGGCUGCUCUUUCACGCACAUGGUAAGAUGGAAGAUUUACUGGCGCCCGCUCGAGUCGUUUGA